AAAUUCCACAAUUGACGAAAGAAAAAAAGUAAAAAGAUACAAUAAAAAAAAAUGUCAGCUUGGAAUUUCAUCAAACACUUUCCGUGCACCAAUCUCUCCCGCCAUAUCCUCAGAGCCAAACCUCGUUGCUGCUUCACUUCCUCUACCCGUCCAUCGUCCUUUUCAAUCUCAGCGUCUCUGUCUACAUCUUCCUCAUCUGAGUCGUUCGCUGCUGCACCUUACCUCUCUGUUCGUAUCCACUGUCCUAAACAUGUCGUCGAUCCUUUCUCGGAGGCGUUGUUGUGUUUUGGAGCGAGCUCAGUAGCUGUAGAUGAAGACGAUGACGAAGAAGAAGAAGAUGUGACUUCGAAAGAGAUAUGUAUAGAAUCAAUAUUUCCAGUACACGAGGAGGUGAAAAUGUGCAUUUCACAGGCUGCAAACUCCAUUGGCUUGAAGGAGAUACCAAAAUUCAAAGUUGAAUUGGGAGAUGAACAGGACUGGAUAACCAAGAACCAGGAAUCGUUUCAGCCUGUUGAAAUCGCUGAGAGGCUUUGGAUCGUACCUGAGUGGACAUCUCCUCCUGUCGCUGAAGCAGUGAACAUCAUUCUGAAUCCUGGACUUGCGUUUGGGACUGGAGAACAUCCCACGACUAAGCUGUGUCUAUUGCGUCUACAAAGUUUGAUAAAAGGCGGAGAGGCUUUCCUCGACUACGGUACUGGUUCAGGAAUACUUGCAAUCGCAGCUCUCAAGUUUGGUGCUGCAUCAUCUGCUGGUGUUGAUAUUGAUCCACUGGCAAUCAAAUCUGCAACUCAUAACGCAGCUCUGAACAGCAUUCCACUGGAGAAACUGGAGCUGCACCUUGCACCAAGUGAUAAUACAGAGAUACCAUUGCGAAAAGAACAGUUUGAUGUGGUCAUCGCAAACAUUCUCUUGAACCCGGUUAUGGAACUGGCGGAUCAUAUCCUUUCAUUCGCGAAACCCGGGGCAACCAUUGGCAUUUCUGGUAUCCUCUCUGAACAGCUUCCAAGUGUAAAAGAACGGUACUCUCCCUUCUUGGAGGACAUAUCUGUAGCCACAAUAGGUGACUGGGUUUGCAUGAGCGGUACCAAGAAAAGGAGUUGAUUGAUAAUUAAAUCAUUUCUUCAGAAAAGAAAACGUUAUAAUAAAAAAUGCCUAAUGAUCAGAGAGCCUAGUGGAGUUUUGUAAGAGGCUACAAGCCUACAACUACAUUUGACACUGAAACUUAAUGUCCUCUUCAUUGUAUUCAAAGA